AUGCUUCCUCUCUUCAACAAAGUGCCUUCCUCUCUUCAUCAAGGUGCUUCCUUCUCUUCAUCAAAGACGCUUCCUCUCUUCAUUCAAAGUACUUCCUCUCUUCAACACAAGUACUCCUCUCUUCAUCAAGGUGCUUCCUCUCUUCAUCAAGUGCUUCCUCACUCAUCAAGAUGCUUCUACUCCAUCAUGCAUCCAUCAUGCAGCUUCCUCGUCUUCUUCAAUAGUACUUCCUCUCUUCAUCAAAUCCUCUCUCUUGCUCAAGAUGCAGCUUCCUCUCUUCAACAAGGUGCUUCCUCUUCAUUCAUCAUAAUGCUUCCUCUCUUCAACAAAGUGCUUCCUUCUCUCAAGGUGCUUACCUCUCUUCAUCAAGAUGCUUUCCUCUCUCUUCAAAGUACUUCCUCUUUCAACAAUAAGUAUUCCUCUCUUCAUCAGGUGCUUCCCUCUCUUCAUCAAGAUGCUUCCUCUCUUCAUCAAGAUGCUUCCUCUCUUCAACAAAUGCUGCUUCCUCUCUUUCCACUUCAAGAUGCUUCCUCUUUCAACAAAGUGUUACUUCUCUCUCUUCAUCAAGAUGCUUUCCUCCUCUUCAUUCAAGGUGCUUCCUCUCUUCAACAAAUACUUCCUCUCUUCAUCAAGAUGCUUCUCUCUUCAACAAGUACUUCUCUCUUCAUAAGAUGCUUCCUCUUCUUCACACAUGUGCUUCUCUCAUCUUCAUCAAGAUGCUUUCCUCUCUCAACAAAGUGCUUCUCUCUCUUCAUCAAGGGUGCUUCCUCUCUUCAUUCAAGAGAUGCUUCUCCUCUUCUUCUUCAAAGUACUUCUUCUCUUCAACAAGUACUUCCUCUCUUCAUCAAGUGCUUCCUCUCUCAUCAAGAUGCUUCCUCACUCCAUCAAGAUGCUUCUCACUCAUUCAUGCAAUCCACCUCAUCAAGCUUCCUCUCUUCUCAAAGUACUUCCUCUCUUCAUCAAAGUACUUCCUCUCUUGUCAAGAUGCAUGCUUCCUCUUGCUUCAACAAGUGCUUCCCUCUCUUCAUAAAGCUUCCUCUCUUCACAAAGUCAUUCCUCUCUUUAUCAAGUGCCUUCCUCUCUUCAUCAAAUGCUUCCUCUCUUCUUCAAAGUACUUCUCUCUUCACAAUGUACUUCCUCUCUUCAUAA